CCGCGCCCCCCCACCCGCCGGCGCGGAGUUGGCGGCGGCGGCGGCCUCCGGCUCAGUCCCCGCGUCCCCCCUCCGCGACCCCGCCCGGCCCCGCGCCCCCGGCCCGCGCCGCCCCGGCAGCGCCGCCUCCGCCCGCGGGGCCCGGGCCGUGCCGGGGGAGGAGGGGGAGCAGCGCCGCCGCCGCCGCCGCCGCGGGCGGGCCCGUCCCCCAGCGCCCCCCCCGAACACCAUAGGCGGCUCCGGCUCCAAGAUGUCCAACCGGGUGCUCUGCCGGGAGGCUAGCCACGCCGGCAGCUGGUACACGGCCUCAGGACCCCAGCUGAAUGCACAGCUAGAAGGUUGGCUUUCUCAAGUACAGUCCACAAAAAGACCUGCAAGAGCCAUUAUUGCACCCCAUGCAGGAUAUACCUAUUGUGGAUCUUGUGCAGCCCAUGCUUACAAACAAGUGGAUCCAAAUAUUACCCGAAAAAUUUUCAUUCUUGGGCCUUCCCAUCACGUGCCCCUCUCCCGAUGUGCACUUUCCAGUGUGGACAUUUACAGAACACCUCUGUAUGAUCUUCGAAUUGACCAAAAGAUUUAUGGAGAAUUGUGGAAGACUGGAAUGUUUGAGCGCAUGUCCCUACAGACAGAUGAAGAUGAACACAGUAUUGAAAUGCAUUUGCCUUAUACUGCUAAAGCCAUGGAAAGCCAUAAGGAUGAGUUUACUAUUAUUCCUGUGUUGGUCGGAGCACUGAGUGAGUCAAAAGAGCAGGAAUUUGGAAAACUCUUCAGUAAAUACCUAGCUGAUCCUAGUAAUCUCUUUGUGGUUUCUUCUGACUUUUGCCAUUGGGGUCAGAGGUUCCGUUACAGUUACUAUGAUGAAUCCCAAGGAGAAAUUUAUAGAUCCAUUGAGCACCUAGAUAAAAUGGGUAUGAGCAUUAUAGAACAGCUAGAUCCUGUAUCUUUUAGCAAUUACUUGAAGAAAUACCAUAAUACAAUAUGUGGAAGACAUCCGAUUGGAGUGCUAUUAAAUGCUAUCAAUGAGCUCCAGAAGAAUGGCAUGAAUAUGAGCUUUUCAUUUUUGAAUUACGCUCAGUCAAGCCAGUGUCGAAACUGGCAAGACAGCUCAGUGAGUUAUGCAGCUGGAGCACUUAUGGUCCACUGAACUGCUGAAUGCUCAGGGAUGGCACCUGCACACACUCUGUAUACGGGGUCCCAGCCUAGCCCUUACAAAGAUACAGUCCCUGGUCUUUGGGUAUACUGAAACCUCAAACUAAUAGAACUCUGUUCUUUUCUAGUAGGUGUAGUCCUUCCUUAGUUUCAACUCAUUUAAAAAUGCUUUCUUGUUUAGGACAAUGGAAGGAAGACUGGUAUCAGAGCUUUUUGUGAGAGUUUUUUUUUCUUUGGAAAAGAUAAUGGCUAUGAAGGCAUGGUGGUAGACUGUCCUUAAAAAUAGAACAUGUAAAGCAUUUACCAUAUCCUAAAUUUGCACUCUUUGCAGACCUGUGCACAUAUACUCAGCUUUCAGAAUAGUUUUGCAAGUUGUAAAUGGAAAAAGGGGGUGGAAGCUUUUUAAUAAAAGAAAAAAAAAGGAAAACAACGCAUUUAUAAAUGAUUCUGUAUUAGAAUAUAAUAAAACUCCAGUAUAGUCAGUUACUACCCGUGAUGUACAACAGAUAUCUUCUAUUUUAGUUGCUAAUAAAGGGCUACACAAACCAAAAUAGUCUGAUUUAAACUUAUUGCUUUGUGUUCUGUAUGUGGCUGCUUGUCAUUAAUAUUUUUUUAUUCUCACUUCUUAUGCUUGAUAAUUCAGCCGUUCUGUAAAAUACUUUAGAAUGUAUUUUUUAUUCAACAUUUGUUGACUACAUCAUUUACAGUUUUUUUUAAUCUUAAACCUGCACUAUGAGUUCAGCUGUGCAAAAGAAUUUGGAAAACUUUUUGUAUAGUCUGAUCUUUUUUGUUUCAUAAUUAAUCUAUGAAGUAGUAUCUUUUAGUAUGUGAUACAAUUUUGUAUCAGCAAUAUAAUUUUAAUGAUUUUUAUGCUCAUUUUGAUUAUUCAAGUGAAAUAUACGAAGUAUUUUUGUUUGAAGUUACUAACAAUUGAAAACAAGCAGUAACAUGAAAAUGAUAAUUCUUAGAGUAUCUGUCUGGCAUUCAUAGCCACAGAAGCCAUACAGUGCUAAUCUCAAGGAAUUAUUCCUCAAAGAUUAUUUGGAAGGGGGAGGUAAGGCUUCUCUUUUUUUUUUUUUAAUUUUAUUUUUUAUUCUUUGAGUGUGGGUAGAGUUGUUUCAUGUUUGAACAUCCCAUGUUAAAAGUUCUUGAACUUUCUUGCAGCCAAAAUAAUGAUGUAAUUAUUUCAGUUGUCAUUCCCAAAGACUUCCUUUUGUUCUAAUAAGAAAUGCAAAGUAGGAUGCAAUAUUGGCUCAUUAUCUAAAUGGAGAUUUCAUUCCUUGAUAUUUCACCUGCUAUCAAGAAACCUCCUGGUACAUUCAGCUUUCCUAAGUGGCAGUGGGCAAUUUCAGAAUUCAAUUUAGAUUAUCUCUGAAAGUUGUGGUAAUUGCUGCAUGCAAAGUCUUAGCUGAAAGCAUACCAGACAUCUUGUUUAUUCCUAUUAAAAUAACCUCUGCUUGCGUCACUUCUAUUUACCUUAUCACAGUUGGCCACCAUUUUAAUAAUAGCAGGUGAAUGCUCCAUUUAUAAAAUGAACUACUUUGCAGAUGUUCAAAAUCCAUCCCAAAUGCCAAACUUUUGUGCAUGCCUGUUCUUUUAGUUGCCUUGCUGCUCUGCCUUGCUCUUGGAAAGUCUCAGCAGCAGACAGGGAAAACAACUUUCAGAUUACUGUUGACAGACCAGCAAGAAGGCUGUGCAGGUAAAACUGAAUUGGUAGGCAGUCUUUGUAAAUACUCGUCUGACUGUGCCUUAUUAACAAAAUAGUUUGAUCAUGAAGUUUUUUUAAAAAAUCUUUGGUGAAUACAAGUUUAAUUAGGGCUUGGGUUUCUUUCAGUCUUAUGCCAAAUGCUUAUCAUUAUUGAAACAUACAGUUAAUUGGAACAGUUAAGUGUAUACCUUUUCCGUAAGGUAAAACAUAGCAAUUAGCUUCUGAAUACAAAUGCCCAAGUUGCAUCUUAGUUCUGCAAGAUAGUUUUAACGAAAAAAGCCCAUAACUGGAAGAGCUUUGAGGAAACUGGUCAGCCAUUUUGCUCAGCGUAAUGUUAUUAAAUAUCUUAUAUUGAAAGCACUUCACAUGUAAACUGUACAAUGUAUUUCAAAAUAAAGUUUUUAAUUAAAA